AUGGGCAAGAAUGGCGCCUUUGCCUCCCUGCGCGGCCUGGAUGCAUUCGGCAAGACUCUCGACCCCUACAGGGUCCGCACCACCUCGGGUGCCCUGCUCUCGCUCGCCUCGCUCUUUCUCAUCCUCACGCUCACGCUGGCCGAGUUUGCCUCGUACCGCCGCAUCGCAGAGGACGUGGCGCUUGAGGUAGACCGCAGCAGAGGCGAGAAGCUGGCGGUGAAGAUCGACGUUACUUUCCCCCGGGUGCCUUGCUAUCUGCUCUCGCUCGACAUCAUGGACAUUUCGGGCGAGCAUCAGGAUGACGUGCAUGCCGAGGUCUCGCGCAACCGCAUCGACGCGAUGGGCAAGAGGAUUGAUGGGAAACAGAGCGCUG